GCCAGGUUGUUGUUGCGACACGUAAAGUUUCGACAGUCAGACAAGACAACUGCAGACAGGAAGGAUGACGGACGCGCAGUUCAUCAACGUCUACGAGAACAGUGACUUCAACUUGAUGCCGCACGAGUACAUCCCGCCCGUGGACAUCAAGACCGAGGCCUACAUACCUGAGACAGCGUACGGCCCUUACGUCCAAAUCAUCGAGGAGCCCAAACAGCGAGGCUUUCGCUUUCGUUACGAGUGCGAGGGGCCGUCCCACGGCGGGCUGCCGGGAGCGUCCAGCGAGAAGAACAGACGGACGUACCCCACCGUCAAGAUCAACAACUAUGUAGGCCACGCCCGCAUGGAGGUCCAGCUGGUCACGCACUCGGACCCGCCCCGCGUGCACGCCCACAGCCUGGUGGGACGCCACUGCAACAAGAACGGCACCUGCACGCUCGACAUCGGCCCCAACGACCUGACCGCCUCUUUCAGCAACUUGGGAAUCCUCCAUGUGACCAAGAAAGGCGUGGUGGAGGUUCUCACGCGAAGGCUGCGAGACGAGUGGAGGCGAGAGAGAGGACACGGACACCUAACAGAGUCGGAGGAGAGCGCGGUGCUGAAGGAGGCCAAGGAGCUGUCCAAGGUGAUGGACCUCAACAUCGUCAGGCUGAAGUUCACUGCCUUGCUCAAGGACAGCAACGGCGGAUUCAGCCGCGCCUUGAAGCCCGUCGUGUCCAACGCCAUCUACGACAGCAAGUCGCCCAACGCGUCCAACCUGAAGAUCUGUCGCCUGGACAAGACGUGCGGCUCCGUGCUGGGCGGAGACGAGAUCUUCCUGCUGUGCGACAAAGUCCAGAAAGAUGACAUCGAGAUCCGCUUCUACGAGGACGAGGAGGGCGGCUGGGAGGCCUUCGGCGAGUUCAGUCCCACGGACGUGCACAAGCAGUACGCCAUCGUGUUCAAGACGCCGCCGUAUCAUUGCACGGAGAUCGAGCGCUCGGUGACCGUCUUCCUGCAGCUGAAGAGGAAGAAGGCGGGCGACAGCAGCAACCCCCGACACUUCACCUACAUCCCGCAUGUGCAGGACAAAGAGGAAGUGUUGAGGAAGAAGCAGAAGCCCCUCCCACACUAUGAACCCUGGCCAUGGGGCGGGGCGAGAGGAGGCGGAGGCGGAGCCGGUGGAUUUGGAGGCGGAGGGAGCGGCGGCGGCGAAGGCUUCCACUUCCAUCAACACAUGAACGGCGCGGCGGGGGACGGAGGAAGGGGCGGGAAUCACUUCUCAGGAAGCUUUCGCGGUUUUGGAGGAGGGGCCCAGAUGUCAGGCUCCGCCCCCGAGCGGUCACAGAGGCAGCUGUCCCACCUGGGUACCGACACGCCCGCUUUGUCGCGUCGGCGUGCUCGACUCCUGACGAGCGUCGCCUGCUUUCUCUCCGCAGUCGCCGCCCUCCACGCGCGGGCGUCCCGCGGCGCCCACCACACCGCCGCCGCCCUCCUGCGGUACUGCGCCAGCGGGGACGCGCGGGUUCUCCUGGAAGUCCACAGGAACUUGUGUGCUGUCCGGGACGCCAACGGCGACACUCCUUUGCACCUGGCCAUCAUCCACCAGCAGACGGGCGUCGUCCAGCAGCUGACCGACACGUUGCUUAGCAACCAGCAGGCGCACGUCCUCAACGCCGCCAACCACCUGCAGCAGACGCCGCUGCACCUGGCGGCCAUCACCAGGCAGGCCAAGGCGGCGGAGGCGCUGCUGAGGGCGGGGGCCGACCCCGGCCUGCUGGACAAAGAUGGCCGCAGCCCUCUGCACCUGGCGGCGCUGGCCGGCGACAGUGCCACGCUCCGCCCCCUGCUGGCUCACCUCGGGGAAGGCCACGCCCACUUGUUGACCUUGCCAGAUUAUCACGGUCUUCAGCCGCUACACCUGGCCGUGCGCAGGGACGGCGAGCGCUGUCUCCGCCUGCUGGUGGAGGGCGGAGCCAAAAUCAACGCGCCCGAACGGAAGGGCGGGCACACGGCGCUGCACCUGGCCGUGAGGGACAACCUCUUCAAGACGGCCUGCGUCCUCAUCACAGAUCUGAGGGCCGACGUCAACGCACGCACCUUUGGAGGAAACACACCUUUACACCUGGCUGCUGCCGUGCACUCGCACACACUCUGCUCCAUGCUGCUCGCUGCUGGCGCAGACAAAGAGGCAGAGAACGACGAGCCGCUGGUCUUCAGCUCGUCCUCAGAUGAAGAGGAAGACGAGGCGUUGAGUCGUAAGAGACAGGUGGGCGGGCACACGGCGCUGGACCUCGCCAAGUGUCACAAGGUGAGGAAGCUGCUGACCUCCACGGCCGCUCGGCCACUCGGCAAGAAGCUCAAAGGCGACGCCGGUCAAGGGGCGGAGCCUAGCGGUCUGGACCAGCAGACGCUGAGCCGCCUGCUGGACGUGCUGAGCGGCACGGACGUUCCAUGGAGGCAACUGGCCGAGAAGCUGGGGAUGAUGACGCUGACUCACCUUUACCAGGACAGCCCCACCCCCUGCCAACACCUGCUGCAACACUACCAGCUUGGGGGAGGUCCUCUGGAGGGUUUGUGCCAAGCUCUCCAGUCCCUCGGCCUGACGGAAGGAGCGCGACUGCUCACGCACGCCGCCGACUGUCCCGGCGACAAACACGAUCCAGAGUCCACGGUGGACAGCGGCUUCAGCAGUCAGCCAAUGGAAGACGAGCAGCCGCCUGUGGCCAAUCAGUGAGCAGCAGGAAAGAGGUCAGAGGUCAGAGGAAUGUGGACACAAAGAAGAAAGCGCACGACAUGAAGAGAAAUUAUGAAAAUGCUCCUAUUUUAUUAAUAUUAUUAUAUUUGUCUUGUUGAACUCAA